AUGGAUUCUGUCGCGUCGUGGGGCAAUGAGUCCCUGGUCUCCGUCGACGAGGAGAUCUUCGAUCUGAUCGAGAAGGAGAAGAGGCGGCAAUGCCGGGGGAUCGAGCUAAUCGCCUCCGAGAACUUCACAUCUUUCGCGGUGAUCGAGGCCCUCGGCAGCGCCCUCACCAACAAGUACUCCGAGGGCAUGCCUGGGAACCGCUACUACGGUGGAAACGAAUUCAUCGACCAGAUCGAGAACCUGUGCCGCGACCGCGCCCUCAAGGCUUUCCACCUGGAUCCCGCUGCCUGGGGAGUCAAUGUCCAGCCCUACUCCGGUAGUCCGGCGAACUUCGCUGCUUACACCGCGCUCCUCAACCCCCACGACCGCAUCAUGGGGCUAGAUCUCCCUUCCGGCGGCCACCUGACCCACGGCUACUACACUUCCGGCGGCAAGAAGAUCUCUGCCACCUCCAUCUACUUUGAGAGCUUGCCGUAUAAGGUGAACCCCGAGAGUGGGUACAUCGAUUACGACAGGCUCGAGGAGAAGGCUCUCGACUUCCGCCCCAAGUUGAUCAUCUGUGGAGGCAGCGCCUACCCCAGGGACUGGGACUACGCGCGGUUCAGGGCCAUUGCUGACAAGUGCGGCGCCUUGCUCCUGUGCGAUAUGGCUCACAUCAGCGGUCUCGUCGCUGCUCAGGUGCGAUCCUCUUCUCCUCCCCAUCCAACUUCACCCUGGUUUUCUAUCAUUUUUUGCCUGCUUUCUCCAUUGCGAAGAUUAUAGUUCUGUCCAUCAGAUCUGAGAUUUGACUCAGAUUAGUGUGUGGGAAGUGGAGAAAGACGUAGCAUUUCUCACGAUUUACGGGUGCUCGUGAAGUGCUUGGCCGUUUAGAUCUGUACGUGAGUAGAUCUCAAGUGAUUUGAUGUACCUUGAUCUAGUGUUCCCUGGAACACGUGCCGAAUAUGACGAGAAGGGGCAAUCAAUUUCGGUUCGGAGUCAGAUCCCGAUUUAAAUCUACUUUUUCGCAUCGAUACCCCUUCUUUUCUUCUGUGAUUCAUUUAUUUCAGAGUGUUCUAAUUGCUAUUCAUAGACGUAUUGCUGUAGUCUAGGACUUCUUAAAAUAAAUUCAAAAUCAUGUUUUGUUUCUCAUGUACAUUUAUGCUACAUGCGAAGUCGAAUGAUGUUAAUUCUGGGGCAAAAGAUCGUUGGGUGGCACCUAGAGAUCUGACCUUAAUGAUCUUUAUGAAUGUCAAGCAUUAACUCUGGACCGUCAAUCUUUUCUUCUUCAGGAAGCUGCAAAUCCAUUUGAAUAUUGUGAUGUAGUAACGACCACCACCCACAAGAGCCUCAGGGGCCCAAGAUCCGGCAUGAUUUUCUACAGGAAGGGACCAAAGCCACCAAAGAAGGGCCAGCCCGAGGGUGCAGUUUAUGAUUUCGAGGAUAAAAUCAACUUCGCUGUGUUCCCAUCUCUCCAAGGAGGCCCCCACAACAAUACCAUCGCGGCACUUGCUGUUGCCCUGAAACAGGCCAACACACCGGGCUUCAAGGCCUACGCCAAGCAGGUCAAGGCCAACGCUGCCGCACUUGGCCAGUACCUUGUUAGCAAGGGAUACAAGCUUGUUACUGGCGGAACUGAGAACCACCUUGUGCUCUGGGAUCUCAGGCCCCUCGGUUUGACCGGUAAGAACUAGCUCAUUCCUCUCCCUGGGACCCAUUCCCGCCUUAACUGUAUACAUUUUAGGGAAGCUUGAUUUACUUAUCGGCAUGUUCACAGGCAACAAGGUCGAGAAGGUUUGUGAUCUCUGCAAUAUCACGCUCAACAAGAACGCCGUCUUUGGGGACAGCAGUGCCCUGGCCCCUGGUGGCGUCAGAAUUGGUAAAAGCACUUUUCUUUUUCCUCGCCUUCCUCUCUGCAUUAUCUAAUCGGACUGCCCUUAAAGUCUCUUUUAAAUAUUUCAAAAGAAAAAACAAGAUUGGCUAAGAAAAUAGUUCUAGUUAUCAAACGAAUAAUGAAAGAAUUUGAAAAACUAAACCCAAUAAAUAUAAAUAAUUUCAGUCGGUCCAAAGACCAGAUUCCCCCACAUUUUGUGGAUCCGAUCUUCCAGAAACUGAGCUCCUCUAAUUCCCCCAUUCUAUGGAUCGGAUCCCCUCCCCCCCUCAAGCUCCAAGCUCGCUCCCCCUCUCAGCUGCUCUCCACUCUCUCUGGUGUUUCUAUUCUUGGAACCAUUUUCUGAUUCUAUCUACGAUUCCGUCUGCAGGUGCUCCCGCGAUGACGUCGAGGGGCCUGCUCGAGAAGGACUUCGAGCAGAUCGCCGAGUUCCUCCACCAGGCGGUGACCGUCACCCUGAACAUCCAGAAGGAGCACGGGAAGCUCCUCAAGGACUUCAACAAGGGCCUGCCUAACAACAAGGAGAUCGAGGCCCUCAAGGCGGCCGUCGAGAAGUUCUCCGCCUCCUACGACAUGCCCGGCUUCCUCGUGUCCGAGAUGAAGUACAAGGACUAG